UGAUGGUUGAAGCUAUUGUAAAGCUGUUAAGAGAGACCUCUUCAAAGCUUACCGAGCUUUCUGCGGAUGGGGAAUCUGCAAAAAGACCAAAAUGGCUAAGGCAAUUGGAGGGUGGGAGAGAACUUGGGCGUGAAAUUGAUCCACUGAGUGAUGAAAGGAGAAUGCUGAGUAGAUUUGGAAUUUGGUUAAUGGUGGCACAUUGUCCUCCUGUGACGGAAGCAACGCCGAGCUCUGUUGGAUAUCUUCUUGGUGCUCUAUUCCAAUGGUUCUCUACUACUGCAUUGCUGCCCAACGAUGCAAUGGGGCAAACGCUAGAACAACUCAAAGCUGACUUUGGGUGUGACUGGCUCAACCAAGCAUUGUCCAACCACUACGAAGUUUUUAUUAAUGAACUUCUCCCACAACAACUAGAACCCCUUUAUGGAAAUAUAGAAGAUACAAUUUGGGAUGAGCGCUUUGUUCGUAAAGAGAUUAUGCGCGAUGGAUUGAGUAAACUACUUGCGUUGGCCCCGUACGACAUUAUAUCCAUAACAACGUGGUCUAGAGUUAUGCCACAUUGGUUACACUCUUUGAAUAAUGAUUUGGUUAGUGAGGAGGAUUUGUUGGAGUUGAAGGUGCCUAUCAGUAAAUUGUUUGAACCUGAUCUUUGUGCUUUAUCUUUUGAGCCUCAACGUCUUUAUGAAUUUUUGGCAAUCCGACUACAGUCUAAUUCUUACGAAGAAAUACUCAAAGCACUCGACUGGCUACAUUUACUUUCACGAAUCGACAUAAGAAUAUCGUUAGAGCUCCUCUUGGAGAUGUUCUCCAACUCUUUACGUCAGAUCCCAUUGCCUACAUCAGGAGAACUAUUGGUACAACAAAAACAGCCUCAACACAGGUACAAUGAAUCCAAGCCUGUAGAUGGAGUAAAUUCUGGUUUGGCUAGUCCGGAAAGUCGAGAAAAUAAGCUAAUGGAAGAGGAGGAACCAGAGAGUGCUGAGAAUUCACAACAAACACUCGAAGGACCUAUGGCCGCCCAAUUAGUUAUGACUGAUAUACUUGCCCAACAAAUUAAACUAGCUGGGGGUGCUAGUGCAAUGACUUCAGCAUCUCUAUUAGAGCAUCUCUUUUCAUUAAUAGCAGCUCUACUUGAAUACCAACCCGAAGAAAGAUUUAUAGAGAAUGGGUGGCCACAUACUUGUAGGGAUCCUGAAGGUGAUCAGUUUGCAGACUGUCUGCGCUGUCAACAGGCUCUUUUUCUGUAUCAGGUGUUACUCCAAGUUCUCGAACAAUUUUGUCCAAAAGAGGAAUCACGCCUUGAUGCCCUCAAUUACGGCGACGAAACAGCACGUGAUUUUGCUGACUGGCUGAGCGAGGCUAGCAGCUCUGUUCAUCAACAACAACCUCAGGGUGUUGUAGCCGAUGGUAACUCUCCUAGGCCCUCACCCUCUCCUCGAGCUUUAUCCUCUUCUCCUGCCGGGCAUACAUUCUUUGGAUCACCAAUUACUCAGAAAAGACAACAGCAGCAGCCUGUUCCGAAAACAUCAACACCCUUAAUUAAGGCUAGGCAAGAGGUAAGCACACCAAGUGCCGAAAUGGUGGGCGCGUUGCCAACCGAUGACGUUGAUUCAGCAAGUGAACAAGUUGCAGCAUUUUCAUUUGCUGAACAAAGCCCUAUGGGAGUAGCCUGUAUAAGUGCUACAGUUAUUGGCGGAUUAUUGCAACAACAAGAAGCGGCUUUGACCGAGAAAAAUGCUUUGGAAGCAGUUGAUGGAGAGGGUAAAAUAAAAAUUGGAAGGACUGAACAAAAAGAGGAGCAACGUAUAUUCUGGGAAACUUCAGUAGGACGAUUCCGUUUUUCUUUGGAGCAACUACCUGCUCAGUUAAGACUGACAUAUGUAUUGCUUAAGAAUAUUGAGAGAGAGCCCGAUCCAGACGUUCAAUUCUUCCUCCUGAGUAUGCUUAAAUACUUGUUUCUGCAUAGAGAGUGUCUCUUGAACGCACGAAAGGAACAAGAGCAUCGCGGUUUUCUUGUUUGGAUACAAGAAAAUUUGUUGAUCCCUCGACUCUGGAGCUUGUUACGAUCUGACUACUCACAUGUUGGCCAAAUGGCAACUCCUCUCCUUUUACACGCCAUCACUCUUCCAUUGGGGGAUGACGUCUUUUGGGAAAGUGUGAAUGCAGAAUUCACUUCUUCCGAAUGGGAACGACGCUUAAAAGCUGUGGAUCGAGUACUAGUACUUGCCCAUUUUGUACCUCCUGCAGCUGUUCGCUCAAACAGAACACUCUUAACGUCGUUGAGUUGCGCAUUCUCUCAUUUAAUAGUAUCAGUGCACGACCCAAACCCUGCUGUUGCUCAGAAGGCUCUUCUCUUACUUGAAGCACUUCCUCGCAGUUCUUUAACGGUAAAACAGGAAUCAAAAAAAAAUGAAAAUAAAAACAAAUUUAAGCUAAUUUGCCAUUGUUUGGAAGCUCAGUUUGAUUCGUGCAUACUUGAUCGCCCUCUUAUAAUUGCACGUAUUUAUCUACUUAGCGUGCUUCUCCCAGAUGAGAAUUUGCUGUCUUGGGACUUUUUUAUUCAAAGAUUCGAAACUUUAUCAUUGGAGGCGCAUCUUAAAGCUCAACAAAAUGCUGGAGCUGAUGCUAGUAUGCAUUUUUUGCAAGGUGAUAAUAUGCAAUUUAUAUUAUGUUUUACUAGCUAAGAGUAUAUUAUAUCGAGCUUUGGUGUGGCAAAUUUACUAUUACUUGAAUGGCACACUUUUCCAGGCCCAUGAGAUAGAGUGAACCAUGGCUAAAACCUGGUUAUUGAGGGAACAUCACACAGACCUUGAGGGAACAUCUCACAUAGGGCUUAUUUGUUAGGGUUUUACUAUAGUGUUGAAGAGAAAAAAGGGAACAUUGAGGUAAUUAUUGUAAAAAAUCCAGGGAACAUUAUUAGAACCAAUGGGUCUCAUCAUAAAAUGAGAGGAAAUUUAUAUAAUGGCAUUAGGGAACUCUUAAUGGGUUUAAGUGA